UUUUUCAAGCGACCGGUGGUGUCCUUUUCUUUCUCCACUGUACUUUCUCUGUCUGAAGGAGCAGCAACUCUUCGUCUCUCUCCUUCUGCUCCGCCCUCAGAUCGAAGAUCUCGAGGAUCUCUCUCUCUCUCGAUUCUUCAAAUGACUGUUGUGGGUUCUCAGAGUCCAUUAAUGGGUGAAACCACAUGUGGGUCUUUACUGCAGCAAUUACAGAUCAUAUGGGAUGAGGUUGGUGAAAGUGAUGAGGAGCGUGAUAAAUUGCUGCUUCAGCUAGAGCAGGAGUGCUUGGAUGUUUACAGGAGGAAAGUUGAUCAAGCAGCUAAGUCAAGGGCACUACUUCUUCAAGCUUUGGCUGAUUCCAGAUCAGAACUUUCCAGACUUCUUGCUGCUCUUGGGGAAGAGACUUGUGCAAGCGCUCCUGAUAAGUCAUCCUGCACAAUCAAGGAGCAACUAGAAGCUAUAGCUCCAGCAUUGGAACUGUUACGCAAACAAAAGGAGGAGAGAGUACAUAGUUUUGCUGAUGUACAGUCACAAAUUAGAAAAAUACAAGCUGAGAUCGUCGGAAACUUGAAACUUGAUGAGCAUAUAGGGAAACCACAGGUUGAUGAGGAUGAUUUAUCACUGAAGAAGUUGGAUGAAUUCCAGUCUCAACUCCUAGAACUUCAGAAAGAAAAGAGUGAUAGAUUGCACAAAGUUCUUGAUUUUGUGAGCAACAUUCAUGCUCUUUGUUCUGUCUUGGGGAUGGAUUUUUUCAGUACAAUAAAUGAAGUUCAUCCAAGUCUUGAUGACUCUAUUAGUGUUCAAUCCAAGAGUAUUAGCAAUGAAACCUUAUCCAAGCUUUCUGGAAUGGUUGGAUCUCUUGUAGAAGAUAAAAAGCUGAGACUGCAAAAGCUUCAAGAGUUGGUUGCACAGUUAACUGACCUUUGGAACUUGAUGGAUACUCCGGUAGAAGAACGCAAUUUAUUCAAUCAUAUUAUUUACAGCGCGUCUGCUUCAGUAGAUGAUGUCACUGUUCCUGGUGCCCUUGCACUUGACUUAAUUGAGCAGGUUAGGAUUCACAAACCCAUAUUUUGGAAGAUUGCAGUUUUGGAAGUGUGGACCUUUUGUUUUGAUUUUGAACUGUGCUGUGUGAAGGCUGAAGUGGAGGUUGAAAGACUGGAUUCAUUAAAGGCUAGCAAGAUGAAGGAAAUUGCUAUGAAGAGACAAUCUGAACUUGAAGACAUUUAUGCCCAUGCUCACAUAGAGGUAGAUCCUACAGCUGCCAGGGAGAAAAUAAUGGCUCUGAUAGAAACAGGGAAUGUUGAGCCUUCAGAAUUACUAGCCGACAUGGAUAGUAAGAUAUCAAAGGCCAAAGAGGAGGCCUUUACCAGAAAAGAAAUAUUGGAAAGGGUAGAGAAAUGGAUGUCAGCCUGCGAAGAAGAGAGCUGGCUUGAAGACUAUAAUCGGGACGAGAACAGAUACAGUUCAAGCAGAGGUGCCCACUUAAAUCUUAAGCGUGCUGAAAAAGCUCGUGUACUGCUUAAUAAAAUACCAGCUCUUGUUGAUAAUUUGGUGGCUAAAACAAAAGCAUGGGAGGCUGAUCACGGCAUAACAUUCACAUAUGAUGGAGUCUCUCUCCUGGCAAUGCUUGACGAGUACACCAUGCUCAGGCACGAGAGAGAGGAAGAGAAACGAAGAAUGAGGGAUCAGAAGAAGUUUACCGAGCAAAUGAACACCGAACAAGAAGCCUUGUUCGGUUCCAGGCCAAGCCCUGCUCGACCAGUGGGACCCAAGAAGGCAGCAGGCCCUCGUGUGAACGGAACACCAAAUAGGAGACAGUCUAUGAGUGCUAAUCAGAAUGGUAGCAAUGGAGUAAGAUCAGCGAGUAGAGAUGGGAGGAGAGACAGUACUAAUCGUCCAGCAGCUCCCGUGAACUAUGUGGCCAUUGCUAAAGAGGAUACUGCUUCACAUAUUUCAAGCACGGACCCAAUUCCUGCUUCUCCAUAAAAAUUUCAGAGUUAAUAGUAUGUGGUGCAUUGCGGUCUUAUGUUAAGGUUGGAAAUAUGUUGAUAUAGCGGAGAGAGAUGCUGUCAUAGUGGAGAGUUAAGUGCAGAAUCUGUGUAGCUUACGCAGCCGUCGUCAUAAAAGAUUAGUAUUGAGCAGAGGUUUGAAAAUCUAGUUCAAACUUUGCAAUUUUUAAAUGAUUAGAUGUCCUUUUGAAGUGUUAAUUGAUAUAACGGUUAAUUGCAUGUACACCGCAUGUAUUAUAGGGAGUUAUCCGGUUACUUGUCUGUAAACUUUUUCGUUGGAUAGAUAUCUUAAAGUUCAAAUGGGUUGAUACCAC